GCUGACCUGAGUGUAAACAGUCAGCAGUGACAGAGGUAUGUGUGUAAAGGAAGCGUCACUGUGAUGCACAUUUGUCCGCGUGCUCCGUCAGGGCUGUCAGAAGUCAAUAAAUGAGAAGUUGGUGUUUGUCAGCGAGUGAAAGCGGGAUGUGUCGGAGGCUCUUCGCCGCGUUGAGUGCGCUGAAGUAGGGCAGCAGGAAGCUCACCGGAGGGGCUUUAAACAUCACAUGCAGCUCCACGGUGGGCCCCUGUUAGGGAAAGCAGCUGGAUUUUAGCUCACGGGACGUGGAAACUGCUUCCAUGGAGGAUCUGGAGCCAGAGGAGCAGUUCCUACAGUGUGCCCGGAACGGAGAUCUGCCUGGGGUUCAAGAACUCCUCAGGUCCAACGCAGCGGCAGAGAGGCGGAUUAAUAUCAACUGUAAAGGUCAAAGCAAGUCUAACUUGGGAUGGACGCCUCUUCACUUGGCUUGUUACUUUGGUCACAGAGAUGUAGUGGAGGAGCUCCUCAAGGCGGGAGCAAAUGUUAACCUGCCUAACAACAUCGGAGACACGGCGCUGCACAAAGCUGCGUUCACAGGGAGAAAGGAGGUUGUCAUGCUGCUGCUGCACUAUGAUGCAUGUGCUGCUGUCAUCAACGGCUCGGCUCAAAUUCCCAAAGACGUCACUCAAAACGCAGAGAUCAGAAGCAUGCUGGAAGCUGCCGAAAGAACAGAAGAGAGGAAAUUGGAGGAGAAACUUCUGGAGGCUGCGAGAGAAGGAGACCUAUCGACUCUCACUCAGCUGCUCACCAGGAAGAAGCCUCCAGAUAUCAAGUGCACAGAUCUGCUGGGUAACACUCCGCUGCACUGUGCCGCCUAUCGAGGCCAGAGGCUGUGCGCCCUGAAGCUGCUGAGGAGCGGCGCCGACGCCAGCGCCAAGAACAAAAACGGGCAGACGGUGUUUGACCUGGCCAGCGAUGCGGCAAUGAAGCAGUGUCUUGAAGGCAACGUUCAUCGAGGUUUGACCCGUCAUGUCAAAAAGUAUGAAGGACUCCUCUGGAAGAGCUCCCGGUUUUUCGGCUGGCGCUCCUACUGGGUCGUUGUGCUGGACGGGGUUAUAUCCUGGUACCCAAAGCAGUCCGAUGCAGCCGCAAAUGUCAGAAGGCAGGGCUGCAAGUCGCUCACAAACGCUCACUGCUUGAUACGAGCCAAAGAUAACUGCUUAUUUACCCUCAAGUGCUUCGAUGACAGCGUGCAUCACUUCAAGGUUUGCCCGAAAAGUGAACCGGAGGCGACUAGAAAAGCGUGGCUGGAUGCGCUGGAGGAGCACUCGGCCUACAGCACGCACUACUGCUCCCAGGAGCAGGGCAGCGAGGAGGAGGAGGAGGAAGAGGCAGGCAUGUCGCUAGGGGAACUGACGGACUCGCUACAGGCGGCGGAGGUCAGCCAGAAGAAGCUGGAACAGGAGGUGGCGGCGUUCCUGUCCAUGCUGAAAAAUGACGGGCUGUCAGAACGAUUUCCUUCGGCUGCGCUGCAGAAGAUGCAGGAGAUCUGCGACUUGUCCAGCGAGACGGCCUCCAGUCUCGCCGCCUGCCUCAGCCUCUUCUCCAGACAGGAGGGGGUGCGCAGUGUGAAAUUGGAGCAGGAGGUGGAGAAGAACAAGAUCCUCUCCGAGGCGCUGCAGACUCUGGCCACGGAGCACCACGAACUUGAGCAAUCCGUCGUCAAGGGAUCGUCACCGCGCAGCGCCCUGAGCGAGGAUGAGUUCCACGACGCCGUGUCUGAGUCAGGCUCUGAGCUCUCCCUGAGCGGCUUUGAGACGGUGGCCAGCAAUUCCUUUGAAGAGGACGAGGAGGAGGACGAAGGCUCUGUCAUGCUAAGCAGCCCGUGUAGCAGCCCCGCCACCAGCAUGUUGCAGGAGGAUCACCAUGGAGACAGGGACGAGACUCAGUCCAACGGGAUAACAAAGCACAGGGCGAGCUUACCUGCGCCGAUGUUCUCGAGAAAUGACUUCAGCAUCUGGAGCAUUCUGAGGAACUGCAUCGGAAUGGAGCUUUCCAAGAUCACAAUGCCGGUCAUUUUCAACGAGCCGCUCAGCUUCCUGCAGCGUCUGACGGAGUACAUGGAGCACACGUACCUCAUCCAUCAGGCCAAUUCGUCUUCCGACUCCAUCGAGAGGAUGAAGUGCGUGGCGGCGUUCGCAGUGUCCGCUGUGGCCUCCCAGUGGGAGCGGACAGGUAAACCCUUCAACCCCCUGCUGGGAGAAACCUAUGAGCUGGUCAGAGACGACCUGGGCUUCAGGCUCAUAUCGGAGCAGGUGAGCCACCACCCUCCGGUCAGCGCCUUCCACGCCGAAGGUCUGAAACAGGACUUUGUGUUUCAUGGAUCCAUCUACCCCAAGCUGAAGUUCUGGGGCAAGAGUGUGGAGGCCGAGCCAAAAGGCAUCAUCACGCUGGAGCUGCCCAAGCACAACGAAGCCUACACAUGGACAAACCCUACCUGUUGUGUUCACAACAUCAUCGUGGGCCAGCUGUGGAUCGAGCAGUAUGGGAAUGUGGAGGUGAUCAACCACAGGACUGGUGAAAAGUGCUGCCUCAAUUUCAAACCAUGUGGACUUUUUGGGAAGGAGCUGCAUAAAGUUGAAGGUUACAUUCUUGAUAAAAGCAAAAAGAAGCUGUGCGCGCUGUACGGGAAGUGGACCGAGUGCCUCUACGUCGUCGACCCGGCCGCCUUUGAAGCUCACAAGAAAAGCGACAAAAAAGGAGCCGAGGAGAAGAAAGCCGGAAAAGCGGGUAGCAGUGGGGAUCAGGAGGGCGUGCCCUCCCCUGCUGCAGACACUGUGGAGAUGAUUCCUGGCAGCCAGCUGCUGUGGAGGAUUGCCCCCAGACCAGCGAACUCUACCCAGAUGUACAGCUUCACGUCCUUCGCGAUGCAGCUGAACGAGCUGCAUAAGGACAUGGAGGGGGUCAUCCCGCAGACCGACUGCCGGCUCAGACCGGACAUAAGGGCCAUGGAGAACGGCGACAUCGACCUGGCGAGCGAGGAGAAGAAGAGGCUGGAGGAGAAGCAGAGAGCCGCCCGUAAAAACCGCACCAAAUCUGACGAGGAAUGGAAGACCAGAAAUCCUCCCCUCGGCCCGAGGUGGUUUCAGCAGGGGCCGAACCCCCACACCCGCUCUCAGGACUGGCUCUUCUCCGGCGGAUACUGGGACAGGAGCUACAGUCAGCUGCCGGAUAUAUAUUAAUCCAUUUUGUGCAUGGAAGAAAGAAAACUAAAAAUAAAUAAAUAAGAAAUCGCACCUGUUCGUUAAAUGUUACCAAUAACCGUUUGAUUCUCUUUAAUUUCUUCUUUUUUUUUUUUUUUAUUAAUAACUACACUAAUAAUAGGCACUUUGGGAAGUUUGCACCUGAACAUCGUGGCCUUACUCCAAGUUAUUAUGGGAGGGAAAAAGUCACUAAUGUAGUUUGAUGAUGCUUUGAGAUGCAUUAUUUGCAUUUACACUGAAAUACUUUUUUCUUGACUCUUAGCACAGUGAACUGGGCGUCUAGUUUUUUUUUUGUUUUUUUUUAGCAUUUAUCUUCUUUUAAAUGUCCAUAGUUGUAAAUCUGUGUAUAUAUUCUCCACAUCUCCAGCCAUCAGUUAUCUUCUCCAUCACUCUGGACCUUUGUCUGUUUCGCCUUGUACAGCUACAGGAUUCUUUUAAACCCUUCUGACAUUUGACGCUGUGCGUUUCCUCUCUCAUCAACUCCCACUUUAAACAUAAACAUAGCCGAAUUUUUUUUUUUUUUAAAUCAUCCUGUGUUUGUGCUCUGUUUUUAUUGAAGCGUGUGUAAAAGAAAUUGAGCACUUGUAAAGAGCUGAAGUUAGAUCCGAUUUCUGCUGUAAAUUAAAAAAAAAAAAGUUGAAAGUUGUACAAACUGAGCGAUUUUUGCUGGAAAUCAUUUGUACAAAAUGGAGGAAAACUAUGAUUUGAGUCCACAAGAAUUUAAUUUCACCAUUUCUAGUUGCUUUUUUUCCUCCCUGCUUUCAUAUUGAGCUUGUAAAUUUCUUAUCUAAAUAAAACAUUUCAGUCCA